GCAGGGGGGAGCCGGGGCCUCCGCCCCCCCCUCCGUCUACCCUGCCACCAUUUCAGCCCGGGAGGCAGCCGGGAGCCGCCGUGCCGCUGCUGGCUGCGCCCAGGAGAAGGGGAGUUUCUGGUGGCGCUUUUGCGAGGGGGGCAACGAAUGGCUCCACAGCAGUGUUUGUUUCAGUUCAGCAGCUCGGGGUUUGUCUGGAAGGCCGGGAAUGCAGGGAGAGGCCUGAUCACGUGGUGGUAAAACACCGCGUUUUCUGGUGCAGUUUCUCUCUUUUGCCCACACACGCGGAUCUCUCAAACCUGUAACAGGCAAGCAGGAGUUAGGUCGAGCUGGAAAGAGCGAUUUUGUUAAAAGAGCAGCCUCUCUCCUGAAGAGAGGUUUGCCUCUCUUCCUGGAGAAUUGGCAUGCAUCCUCAGGCGCGCUCGCAGCUUGUAGAGGUUGUGCCUUGGAAGCAGAAGUGAGUAUGCUGGUGUCGCUGUCUUUGCUGGACUCUUCAGAUAGCUCUCGUUUCAAGCGAACGCUGCUGUUCUGAAAUUCAGUCGGUGCUGUUGGCAGGGGGGAAUUAAACACACACUUCCGUUACAGCCUAAACUACAACCAGUAAGGCUGAUGCAGUUUGUUUAUUAUGUGCGUUGAAUGAACGUGAGUAAUUGUUGACUACCUGAAGUGUAGUGUGAUGGUGGCGUAUGACGGUGGAUUUUAUGAUUGUGUGUAUGUGGCAUAAAAUUGUUGUUUCACGUGUAGAUAGAUGAUUAGGUAUCUCCGUUCUGCUAUUCUUGUUAGAACGAGUAAACUGCAGAGGCUGUAUGUGUCAGUUGAUUUUCAAAAACACAUGUACAGGCACAUUUUCUGUUUGAAAAAUGCUUUCAUUCUGUGUACAUAAAUAGCAGUAUCCCUUUUUCUGUAGAAGACUAUGGCUGUACCUUGGUCAAAUGACAGCUGGAGAUAAAGCCUUCCUCUCGUCCCUCAUCCCCAUCAUUCACCCUCGUUUUAGAGGUUUGCUUAUAGCAUAAUUUCUAACCUCUAAAGAGCAAUAUGCUUAAUAACAUAUUAAAUAGGUAGUGCUCUUAUUUCUCUAAUUGAGAUAAAAAAGGUGCACUAGGUGAAAAGAACACGAAACCUUUUAAGGCAACUUUUUUUCUUUUUUAAAUCAGGUUGUCUAAAUAAGGCAGAAUUUGUUUCUUAAUAUGAAGAAAAACAGAGGUCGGACAGGUCGAAGGAGAAGAAGAAAACGCUUGCAGAGUUUUAUGGAUGGAGUCAACUGUAGUCACAAGCUGGAAUAUAUUACACUUAAGAAGUGGCUGAAAGACAGAGGAUUUGAAGACAGUAAUUUAAGGCCAGCAGAGUUCUGGGAUACGGGAAGAGGACUGAUGACAACAAAAGCCCUUCAGGCAGGGGAACUGGUUAUCUCAUUGCCUGAAAAAUGCUUACUUACCACAGGCACUGUACUUACUAGCUGCUUAGGAGAAUACAUUAAAAAAUGGAAGCCUCCUGUAUCUCCUUUGAUAGCACUCUGCACGUUUUUAAUAGCAGAGAAGCAUGCUGGUGAGAAAUCUCUGUGGAAGCCGUAUCUCGAUGUUUUACCCAAGACAUACACUUGCCCUGUGUGUUUGGAGCAAGAUGUAGUAAGCCUUCUUCCUGAACCUUUAAGAAAGAAAGCUCAGGAGCAGAGAACAGUGGUCCGUGAGUUGUACGUGUCUUCGAAGGCUUUUUUCUCUUCCCUGCAGCCAUUGUUUGUUGAGAACACAGAGGCUCUUUUUAACUACAGUGCCCUGGAGUGGGCUUGGUGCACUAUUAAUACCAGAACGGUGUACAUGAAACAUUCACAGAAGGCAUGUUUCUCUCUUGAGCCAGAUGUUUAUGCUUUGGCACCAUAUUUAGAUCUGCUAAACCACAGCCCAAAUGUUCAGGUAGAGGCUGCAUUUAAUGAGCAGACCAAAAGGUAUGAAAUUAGGACAGAUUCACAGUGCAAGAAAUACGAAGAAGUGUUUAUCUGCUAUGGGCCUCAUGAUAACCAGCGACUCCUCCUAGAAUAUGGAUUUGUUGCCGUUGAUAACCCACACAGCAGUGUUUAUGUCUCAUCAGAUACUCUCCUCAGAUAUUUUCCACCACUGGACAGCCAGAGAAAUGCGAAACUUUCCAUUCUAAAGGAUCAUGAUUUUUUAGAAAACUUGACCUUUGGAUGGGAUGGACCAUCUUGGAGACUCCUUACAGCCCUCAAAUUACUAAGUCUUGGAGAAGAUGAAUUUACUUGCUGGAAGAGAGCGCUGCUUGGUGAUGUAAUUUCAGCCAGAAACGAAGAGCGGGCUUUGAAUGUAGCAGAAAACAUAUGCCUUUUUUUAAUAGAAGAGACACAGCAAGCCCUUCUCCAGAUUUCCCAGUUGAAAAGGGACAAAGAGAACCUUAAAACCAACCUGGCUUUGGUAGAAAUACUACGCUUGGAAGAACUGAAGAUUCUACAAAAAUCAGCAGAGAUUCUGUGCAAUUUGGAAACAGCAACAGCUUGACCCGUCUGGAACUGAUAGCUGCAGCUGCUUGGAUCUCAUUUGCCAUGGAUCUGUCUGGCUCGACUGUUUUUAAUGGACUUAAGCAACAAAGAAUAAUGUAGAACGUCCUCAUAAUAUGCUUAGUUUUUUUUACAGGUCAUGUGGGAUAUGGAGUCUUACUCUGUUUUUUACUGAACUUCUCCAGUAAUACAAAGGGUUGCCCAAAGGGUAGGGAGGAGCAGAGGUGGCUUUCCUUACAUCUCAUCCAAAUCAUGGCUGCUGUGAGCAAAACACCUUCUAGGGUAAUUUGAGCAGCCCCCAGGAUUGUGAGCUCCCGCAGUCCUACAGUGUACAGCUCUCAGUGGUCUACAGCAUGGAUCAUGAAGUCAGUCAGAUACUCCUCAGUGUGUGUUUGAUCUCUGGCACGUGUCAAAGAGGGGAAAGGGCAGAGCUGCUUUUAUCUGCCCUUCGCUGAUCUGUACCUUUUUCCUGGCAUCUGUAUGUGUCCCUGAGAUUUAGCAGUUCACUUGGUGUCUGUUCAUUGCUGGAGCAGUAGGUGUGCACUAGAUCAGAGGUUAGUCAGUCCUAUUGUGAACCCAAUACAUCUGUUUCUCAGUUUCAGCCCAAGUGUUUCUUGAACAGACUGUUAUUGAAGAUUUGGGCUUCAAUCACCAUCAAGUAUGAAUUUCCCUCCUUUGCUCAAAGCUCUCUCUAGAUUCACUUGUCUGUGUUCUGACUCCUCGUGCUCAGAACGUGAACUGAAAUGAUGCAUCAUUUUGAACUGUUUCUUGCUUGUAUUUUGAUCACCUGGCAAUUUGUUCUAUUUCUGUUCUGGUAAUCACACUGAGAAACAUUCUUAUCCUGUUGAGAAGGGGAUAGUCUCAUGAGCUGCCCUUCAGUAUCUAGUUCUGCCUAAAGCAGGGGCCUUUAGGUGGCAAAGACGGAGGCUUCUCCAAAGCACAUUCAGAGCAGGACUCUUAUUUAUACUUUAUAAACUUUAUUUUUAGUGGUGCUCGUGUUGUGAUUAUUUUCUGUUGUAUGGAGUAUCAAAUUUGACAGAAUUUUUCAUUCAUAUUUUUAGCUUUUUUCAAGAAAUGUGCUUUUAAAGACCGG